CUCGCGACGGCGCACCGCCAGACGACAGAGACAUGGCUGCCUACGCCCACAACGGGCCCGUCAUGGUUCAAGAGGCCGUCCCCGCGCCGGUCGUGGACCUGACAGCCGAACCUGCUGUUCAGAGCGCUUACGAUGGGAAGCCGAAGACGAACGGCGCGUCCGUGGAGCACGACGCGGACGAUGGCGAUGCGUGGGAGACGGCGUCGCUGCUCGAGGAGAUCUUGGACGAGGUGGACGCGUUUGAGUACUCCGAUGGGGAGCACAUCUGCACCGCCGAGGAAGCGCGCACGAUCAAGCAGCGCCUUCACCAAGUCGGCGAGGACCGCUUCGUACUGCACUACAUCACGAGCGGGAGAUACACGGCCCGGAAACUGCUCUCGGCAUUCGGCGUGAGGAUUCCGACCUUCAUGGCCGACUCUCGUGACGAAGAUCUCUACCAAUUGUUAGGCCUGGCGGUAUGUCGCGAGCUCAACAAGCGGCUGCGGCUGCCGCAGUACAAGACGAUUGACGAUGCAGCGAAACUGCUGCAGGAGCGCAAGAACAUCAUGGUCAUAACCGGCGCAGGCAUUUCCACGAGCCUCGGCAUCCCCGACUUCCGCUCGAAGAACACCGGUUUCUACUCCAAGCUGCUCGACAUGGGCUACUCAGAGCCAGAGCAAGUCUUCGACAUCCAAAAUUUCGACGAAGACCCCGCAACCUUCUACAAGCUUGCCGGCGACAUCAUACCAGACUUGGAGAAGUGGACGCCGACGCACCAGUUUAUUCGGCUGCUGCAGGACAAGGAGAAGCUCCUCACGAACUACACCCAGAACAUCGAUAACGUAGAGUCGCAUGCGGGCAUACGGAGAGAGAAGCUCAUCCAGUGCCACGGCUCCUGGGCAACGGCGACAUGUCGGAAGUGCAAGUACCAGGUCCCUGGCGAAUCCAUCUUCGAUGCGGUCCGCUCUCACAAGCCUGCCGAGUGCCCACGGUGCGUGCAGGAAAUUGCUUCGCAGAAGCCGGGCAUGAAGCGGAAACGUAGCUCGAAUGGGUCCAAGAAGCGGCGCGGGCCUGGCGACGACGAUUCCGAUUCAGACGGCGCGUACGACAUUCCGCAGCCUGGCAUCAUGAAGCCUGAUAUUACUUUUUUCGGCGAGGCGCUGCCUUCAGACUUCUUCAACCGCAUGAAGGACCACGAUAGAGAGAAAGUAGACCUCGUCAUCGUCAUGGGCACGAGCAUGAAGGUCGCUCCGGUGUCAGAGGUUCCGAACUUCCUUCCGCGGGACGUCCCGCAGAUAUACAUUUCGCGCGAUCCCAUUCACCACAUUAACUUCGACAUUAACCUCCUUGGAGAUUGUGAUGCUGUGGUGGCGGAGCUUGCCCGCCGGGCAGGCUGGGACCUCAAGCACAAAAUGAUCCCCGAGGGUCAGGAGGUAGACGUCUUUCCGAUCGACGAAGUUGAGCACAAAUACGGUGUCAAAGUUCGGAGUCCAGCGAUACAAUCGGAAAACUCUGAAUCCAAGUCUUAGCGACGGUAUCUAUGGCGUUCAAGCGGGCAUUUUCUAGGAGCUUUUCCGGUGUUCAUACAGGCUUUGAGUAUUUUUAUGAGGGCAUUUCGCAGCUGAAGGCUUCUGCGGCUUUGAUCAUGGGGUAGCUGUUUAUACGGACCUAUGUUGGGGCGUUGAGGUGGCAUAAUGAGGAAUGGCGGGAAAUGAUACGGUACCACGGUGAAUAUUCCUUAUAGAGGCAGUCUGGGGACCUUUUCUCUGACCUGCCGGAGUGCAUAGAAUUCACUACUCGAAUUUUAUCCAGAC